AUGUAUUCAGCUGCGAUUGCAUCUCCGGCCAAAUCUCCCAAAAAGAGAACCAAGAAGAAGGCAGCAGGGCCAACGCUGUCAGCACUGAUACUGAAGGCUGUGGCCGCGUCCCAAGAGCGCGGCGGCGUGUCCCUGGCUGCCCUCAAGAAGUCCCUGAAGGCCGGAGGAUAUGAUGUGGUGAAGAACAAAGCGAGGAUUGUCAUCGCCAUCAAGCGACUGGUGAAGAACAAAUCUCUCGUCCGGACCAAGGGCAGCGGGGCGUCUGGCUCCUUCAAGCUCAACAAAAAGCCCCCAAAGCCUCGCAAGAAGAAGGUGGUGAAAAAGAAGAAGCCGAAGGCCAAAAAGAUAAAGAAGGCCAGCGUCAAGAAAGCGGCCGGAGGAGCCAAGAAGUCUCCAAAGAAGAAGAAGAAGGCAAAGACGCCCAAAAAAGCCAAGAAAGCCGCUGCGAAGCCCAAAAAGGCAAAGAGUCCCAGGAAGGCCAAACGCAAGGUGGCCAAAAGGGCCGCCGCCAAGAAGUGA